AUGCACAUAAAUAUCAUAAUCCUCCUGCUCCUCCUCACGAUGGUCCGGGCCGCCUCGAAGUACUACGACGGCCCUAUCCGGCCGUACGAGUUCGGGUUCAACAUCGAGGGCCACCAGCAUCGGAAGGAAUCGAAAGAUAAAAACGGAAUCAUUAUGGGCGAGUUUGGGUUCAUCACCGCCGACAACGUUUACCACGUGACGGUGUAUGCCACCGACGAGGACGGUAACUUUAAGAUUGUCAGCAUGAAAAACUACAAGCUCGGACCGACGGCGCCCCCACCCGCACAGGCCCUCCCGUUGACUCCACGGGCGACGACCGCCACCCGGACCACUCCUUCGACCACUCCGCAACCGUUCCGUAUCAUAACCACCGCCAAGACGAUCGUUCCGCUUACCACGCCCAAACCGUCGAAUAUUGCGGCCUGCUCGGGAUGCAAAAUACCGGAGCCACCUAGCAGCAUCACGACCACUACCACCACCACCACGCAGCCCGAAACGAGCACCCAGUAUGUGCCACCGUUCAAGAUCGUGAACAAAAACGACCUCGAGUCUUCCUCGGGGAUGACCACGACCACGACUACGGUAGCGCCCACCGUCGGCGGAGCGCAAGACACUCCUCAAAAGCUGAUCGACAAAGCAGCAUCCAAACCCACCCCGGCCGGCCAGCGUCCUGCUUCCGGUUCCGGUGGUGCCGUCGAACGAUCCGAUGAAAGAGCGUCGAAAGAGCGAACGCCCAGCGAUAGAACGAGUUCGGAACGUCAACCGCCUAAAGGUAUGCAACCGAAUAGCAAAUCGGUGACCGAGUUUAGCCGAGACACACCGAGCAGUGGCGAGCGAUCGAACGCAGGAACCAAACCGUCCUCCGGUAGUUCAACCGGCCCACCGACGCGCGAGUCCGAUGAUCCAAUGAAGUUAGUCGAAAUUCACACUGCCAACAUGAUCCAGCACAUCCUGAACGGGUUGCUGUAUCGGUUCAACUACACCGCCGGUUACCAUGGCCACCACGAGGAGGGCGACCGGCAGGGCAACAAGGAGGGAGGCUACUACGCGAUCGGCCGGGACGGGAUCCGGCGAGGCGUGAGCUACAAAGCGAACGAAUUCGGGUUCCAGCCUCACAUCAAGUUCGAAAAGGUGACCCCCGAAGAAACGCCCCGGGAAGAGACGGAGAAGCAGGCCGGGCUGAAGGGAUUCGACUUCAAAUGGUUCUACGGCUCCUAA